UGAACUCUGAAACCAAAUAGUAACGGAGUAACCGAUCUCUGAAGCAGAAAAGCAAACAACACGGAAACCGAAGAAGACGCAUUCAUAGCUCCUCCUUGUUGUUCUUCUUCUUCACUUCUCGAUUCUCUGAUUUUGAAUCUCUAUCUGACUCACUCUCUCUCUAUCUCAUUCCUCUCUCUGAUCGUGGAUUGAGAUGGAGAGCUUACCAACGACGGCUCCGUCUAAAUCAGAACGACGAGGGAGGUCCUCCAAGUCUUCUCAGAGUUCCUCCAAGCCUUCAGUUAUCAUGGCUUUCUUCUCUUGCCUCGCUUGGCUCUACGUCGCUGGCCGGUUAUGGCAAGAUGCAGAGAAUAGAGUGGUACUCAACAAUAUUCUUAAGACGAGUUAUGAUCAGAAGCCUAAGGUUCUUACGGUGGAUGACAAGUUAGUGCUCCUAGGAUGCAAAGAUCUUGAGAGGAGAAUUGUUGAAACUGAAAUGGAGUUGGCUCUUGCAAAGAGUCAAGGCUAUCUGCAAAACUCGAAAAGUUCAGGGAAGAAAUUGCUUGCUGUGAUUGGAGUGUAUUCAGGCUUUGGAAGUCAUCUGAGGCGUAAUUCAUUUAGAGGAUCUUGGAUGCCACAAGAUGAUGCUUUGAGGAAACUUGAAGAAAGAGGAAUUGUCGUUCGUUUUGUGAUUGGUCGAAGUCCAAAUCGAGGUGAUAGCUUAGAUCGAAAAAUUGACGAGGAAAAUCAAGCAAAAAAAGAUUUUUUGAUUCUUGAUAAUCAUGAAGAGGCUCAAGAAGAGUUAUCCAAGAAAGUAAAGUUCUUCUUCAGUGCUGCUGUUCAAAACUGGGAUGCAGAGUUUUACAUCAAAGUUGAUGACAAUAUUGACCUAGAUCUUGAGGGGUUGAUCAGCCUACUUGAAAGUCGACGUGGUCAAGAUAAUGGUUAUAUCGGGUGUAUGAAGUCUGGGGAAGUGGUUUCUGAAGAGGGAGAGCAAUGGUAUGAGCCAGAAUGGUGGAAAUUUGGGGAUCAAAAAUCGUACUUUCAUCAUGCAGCUGGUUCACUGUUAAUACUAUCUAAGAAUUUGGCUCAAUAUAUAAACAUAAACAGUGGAUCAUUGAAGACAUAUGCGUUUGACGAUACCUCCAUAGGGUCUUGGAUGAUUGGUGUUCAGGCAACGUAUAUAGACGACAAUCGCCUUUGCUGCAGCAGCAUCAUACAAGACAAGGUGUGUUCUGUGGCUUGAUCAAAGGAAGAGUGUCUUCCAGCAAAACCUCUGGUGUAUCCAUGGCGCUUCUGUGAGGUGGGCUCUUUGGAAUGUUUACCCGAGUUAAGAUUGAUUCAGAAUCAAAUUAUCAUAUAGGGUAUACUCAGGAAUUUUAGUUAGAAAAAAAAAAAACAAAACAAAACAAAAACAUAAUUUAAGUUACAUAACUGACCACAAAUAGUAGACUCAAUCCCGGCUUCGAACUAUAAGUUUGAGUGAUGGAGUAAUUUACUUUGGAACUUCUAAAUGAAAAAAAUACUUUACUUCUUCUUCUUACUCUCUUGUUUUGACAUUUCUGAUGAUUGAUACGCUCAUGGCUGUCCA